CUCACAACUGUCGUCAUCAUAUAAUUUGAAAGCCGUGUUUUAUAUUAGCAGUGUCAGUCGUUGAAUGGCCGGGUUGCUGGUAGGACGUGAAUCAUUAAUUAAUUAAAAUAGUGCCUAGUUUUGUAUCUCUGUGAUAUUAAUUUAAGUUUGUUUUAACGUGAAAAAUGUCGAUCCACAUCAAGGACUCGGAAGACUUGGCCACCAGGCUGUCGGAGGCUGGCGACAAGCUGGUGGUGAUCGACUUCAUGGCGACGUGGUGCGGUCCGUGCAAAAUCAUCGGGCCCAAAUUGGACGAGAUCGCUGCGGAAAUGGCGGACUCUAUCGUCGUUGUGAAGGUGGACGUUGACGAGUGCGAGGACAUCGCCACAGAGUACAGCAUCAACACGAUGCCGACAUUCGUGUUCGUGAAGAACGGAAAGCCAGUGGAGCAGUUCUCCGGCGCUAACGUGGAGAAACUGAGGACCACGAUCCUGAAACACAAGUAGACACCGGGCGUGCGCAGAAAUACGGCUUUUGUCGACUCUUCGCGUUGGGCAACUUAUUUCAAUGGUUACUUUGGUGAUAGAAAUUGGUUUGGGGUCUUUGAAAAUGUCUUAUUUGUUCCAGAUAAAAAAUAAAGUAAUUAAAUAUACCUACGAUCAAUGAUUUGUUUGAAAAAUCUUGUGUUUUGUUGUUUGGUUCAGAUUUUUAGCUAAUUAGGCUGUAACUUUUUGCAGGGCAAAUUUUUUUUUAUAUUCUGUUCUUCGUCUCGAAAUAGUUUUAAUUUUGUCUCAAGAUGUAUAUAAAACACAAAUAGUUAGACCUUAUCGCAAAUAGUUGCCCAAUGUAAGAGGAAAGAAGCAAGAUUUUAAUUUUAACGUUGGCAACACAGCGUCCGCCAUUUUGAGUUCCAUACGCAUAGCUAUUGCAUUUAUCCGAUUCGUUGGCGAUUUCCAACAUUCGAUUUCAAAUUUAAUACAUAAUGGUGGCCUUAAUUAGAUACAGUUUGUAGAAAUAGCUUUAAGAAAUCGGAUUUCGAUGUAUAUACAUCACAUCACUAUGAAAAGAACCUUGAUGGGAAUACAAAAGGCUGCCAAUUGCCCCAAAAACUUAAUUUGAAUGACGUGUAAAAUGUCUCGAUGAAAGCGUUCACAAAAACAAAGCUGUGUUAUUUCAACUAAUUACAGCACUACACAUUUUUCAAGAAGAUUUUCUGAUUGGUCGGUAUGUUGAAGAACGCAUUCUGAUUGGUCAGGUGGGUUAUGCCUAGUAUUGGUCGAUACAAAUAUAAAGAUAGCCAGUGUGAUGUUUUUCGAUGUAAGUGUCACAAGCACGUUUUUAACAGAAUACACACAAGUCGUGUUUUAUUUCUGCGUAUUAUUAUAUGUUAAAAGUAUUGUUAAUUCAGUAAAUAUUGUGAAAAUA